AAGCGAAACCGCCGUCGCUAUUGUGUCCGACAGACUUACAGCCGACCGUUGCAGUACGUGCGAGCGUGUGUGUGUGUGUGUGUGCGAGAGAGAGAGAGAGCGAGAGAGUCGAGAGAGAAGAGCGCGAGGAAAAGAGUGAGGGAGAUAUAUUGAAAAAAAAAGCACAUAUGAUUUGCGCGUGUGAGAUCCGAGGGUGACGCGUUCACACAGAGUCGAUCGUCUGGUCCGAACCGUCGCGUCGCGCGUACAUCCAGCAGCGGAAACAGUACAGUAGCACGACAAGCAGUAGAACGGCGAGGAGCAACAGAGCACCGCAGAGCCGUUUACGCGUUGUCGCCGAUCCGGAAUACGCACACUCCACGUGGGCCACGUGCUAUUUUCCAACAUACAUGCAUAGGUACGUAGACGAUCGAUCAAAAUUUGUUUACUGUAUUCACGUUAUGGAUAAGUUGAAUUAAUCGAUACCUACGAAGUUGAACAAACACUUUUAAAACUUGUUUUUUUUUUCAGUUUGAAAUGAGUCCAAACGCAACAGAUUCAAGUGCGAUUCUUAGAGAAAACGUGAACAUUAAGAAUGGUUGCUCGAACGGAUGGUCCGGAAGUUUGGAUUCCGACGAAAACCUGGGAUGGAAGCACAACGCGUUAUUCAAAGUCGACAAAAUCGUGAACUUGGUCAAGCAUUAUGCUUUACGAGCAUACAUCAUAUUUUGGCAUGAAUUAUCAAUGGACCAUCGAGUUAGAAGCAGUCCUUACAGUCCACCGCCGGCAGACGAAGUGAUUCUGUCCAAAGACGACGUUUUCACUACCAGACGUCGCCGGUUGUUUUUCUUAACCAUACACCUGGCGGCUUUAACCGGCAUUUACUUUUGCGUGACUGGUCAAGUCAAGAUGUACACAGUGUUAUUUACGUUGGCGUUGGGCACCAUGUCGUCGAUUGGAGUGACCGCUGGGGCUCACAGGUUAUGGUCUCAUCAUUCCUACAAGGCCAAGUGGCCUCUCCGCGUCAUCUUAGCCCUUUUCCAGACCGUGGGUGUCCAGUACAGCAUAUACAAUUGGGUCCGAGACCAUCGGACACACCACAAGUACACGGAUACAGACGCGGACCCACACAAUUCCAACCGGGGAUUUUUCUUUUCGCACGUCGGCUGGGCUGUGAUGAUGCCGCAUCCGGCCUACGAGUCCAAGGUGUCCACUAUCGACAUGAGUGACAUGGAGGCAGACUGGGUGGUCGCGUGGCAGUACAAGCUCUACGCUCCGCUGGCAGCUCUGCUCAGCUAUGUGCUGCCCACUUUGUUGCCGUGGUGGUUGUGGGGAGAGAACUUGUUGGUAGCCCAUUUUGUGGCCGCUCAAUUCCGUCAAGUGCUGACAUUGCACGGCACUUUUCUUAUCAACAGCGCGGCCCAUAUGUGGGGCAUAAAACCGUACGACAAGAACAUCAAUCCCACCGAAAACAUGCUAGUGUCCGUGGCCACGUUCGGAGACGGUUGGCAUAAUUACCACCAUACAUUCCCUUGGGACUAUAAAAACGCCGAGCUGCUCGACUACAAGUUGAACCUGUCCACUGCGUUCAUCGAUCUGUUCGCUUUAAUCGGCUGGGCGUACGACCUGAAGACCGUACCGACCGAUUUGGUAGCUAAACGGGCUUUGAGGACUGGCGACGGUUCCAGGCCCCACGCCGACCAACAUGGACCCCCCGAGCACGACCCUAAGACUCACGUUUUUGGAUGGACUGAUAACGACAUGCCGGAAGACGACCGGAAAAUGGCACAGAUAUACAAAAAAUCGGAUUAGUGCGAUAGUUUUUUUUUUUUUUAUAAAUCCGAUACCUUUCUAACGGACGUUAUUUCAUUUCCUUUCUUCUUGUACAGGCCAAACAAAAGCUUCCUGAGUCGGACGCUUUCAAAUGGCAACAGCGGUGACGAAACCUCUGUUUUAUUUGGAACUAGCCGACUCUGGAGGGCGAUGGGAGACUAGGGGUCAUCUGUGUCGAUCGACCACUAAUCCGUGUGAUAAAUACAAUUUAGAAAAUUGUUCUUAAAGACUGGCUUAAUAUUACAAAAAAAAAAAAAAAUAUGAAAGAGUGCGGUUCUAACGUAUGCCGGAAACUGUAUUAUAGUAAUAACAUUCUAUAGUAUAACAACCUCUUAGUACCUCUACCUAUUCAAUUAUAUUCGACUGUUUGACGAAUAUUGUUUGUCUUGAACUUUUGAAAAAUUCUUGAACUCAAGGAUUCACAUACCUAGAAAAUAUAUUGGAUUAGUUACUAAUGUUAACCAGUAAAGACAUAGUAUAAUAUAAUAUGUAUUAUUAUUGAAUAUUAAUAGUAAGCUAAGUCAUAAAAUCCUUGAUUUUCAUUAACAUGCGGCGACUUCAACGCCUUCGUUCGGCUGACCGGCUAGUUUCCUAGAUCCGUUUAAACAACUAUAUCCUUGUUGAAAACAAAGAAUAAGGACUUUUUUUCAAGAGUUGGAUGGACCAAAAAUAUUUUAGUUUAAGUUUUUCGCCCUGGGCUGUUUACUUUAGACGACUUUAGCCCCAGUGCGUUGACACACGUAUAAUAUAAGUAAACCAUUGUAAAUAUAAACUCACAAAAUUAUCAAAAUAAUCUCUCUGGAAUAUUCUGUUGAAUUUAGAAAAACGUCUCGUUUUUCCUUUUUGCCGUGUUACUGUACUAUAUGAAUAUUCAUUAGUAUGCAAGCGGUGUUGUAUAUAGACCUAUAAAUAUAUAUAUAUAUAUAUAUAUAUAUAUAUAUAUAUAUAUUAUUAUUAUUAUAUUAUAAUCUGAAUAAAAUAGUAUUUUAAACGGAAAUCCUAUCCCGAGCACUUACAACUAAAUAAUAAUUUUGCUAAAUGUCUCUGUUAUACACUUUGACGGGUCGUGAUAUCGCCGUAUUAAGUACUCGAAACACAGUUCAUACAGGGUGGUUAUUUUGACGGAUAUGUGUUUUAUAAUAUGGCGUACAGGGUCAUAUCAGAAUCAGCUAUGCACUGUGAUACUCGGAAAAGACCACACGGCGUUUACGAAAUUACGAACCCUCGAGACAUCAAGACAUGCAAAUUAUGUAAAAUUAUAAAAGUCUUGUUAAAUAAAUAUAUAGGUACGUUUGAAUACUUCUAUCGGGAAUGUUCUGUGUCCUCUUGAAAAUUUUGUACGAUUAUUUUAGGCAACAUAUCUUAAUUAUUACAAGUGACUUGAAAUGGUUUAUUAUAAGGUUCUAAACGGUCGUUUAAUUUUGAGACGGUUGUAGUUAGAAGUGUUAUUAAAAAGUAACGUUGCUAGGAUGUGUUAGUUAUUAGCUCAAGAUCAGUUCAAGAUUCUUGAUUAGAAAACAACGACAUAAAUCUGUUGUUUCCGGUAGUAGAUAAUUUUGAUAAAUCUCUAGAAGUAAUUUCCCCUCAAAUCUGCAGUAAAAAAAAAGCGCAACUACAAAUUAUAGAUACUACUACUACUAUUAUUAAAGCAUACCUGACGACCUAGCUUUCAAUAACUAUAGAAUUUUACAUUUGUAUUAUUUAAAAGUAUAUAUAUUAAAAUGUCUAUACAGUUUUACUAUUAAGAUCUACGUCAUUGAUUUAUUUUAAUCAUAUCAACAAAUCAUAUUGUGUUAUUGGGGACAUCUACGCUUACGAUAAUAUUAUGUAAUAUUUAUUUACUUAUUUGGGAAAGAUAACAUUAUAGUUUGUUAUUUAUAAGUUAGAGAUUUCUAAUUUAGCACUAUUAUCUUUGACCCAUAUUGACCACUGCCAGCCCAAUAGAUUAAUUCGUGCACAUUUUAUUAAUUCUGUAUACAGUAGUAUUUAAGUAAGUAUUUUACAAAAAAUGUAAUCGCCAUUGAAAUCAUUAUAGUUGUAUACAUUUUUUUUUGUUUAGAUAAAUUGUAAAACCAUUUUAUAAAUUAUGAUAAAAAUAAAUUAUACUAGUAUGUAUUCAUGGUUACAGUUUUAAAAUAAAAAUUAGGUACAUUUUUUUACUAGGUCUAAGCUGUAUAACAUCCAGUUAAUAAAACAUUAAACUAUAUGUAAGCAUGUAGUAGGUAAUUUUUAGUUUAUUAUAGAUUGUUUUAAAUAUAAUUAAUCACAAUUGUAAUAGAAUUUACUUUCAUUUUCUUACCUUAUAAGAGGACUGGAUACCGACUAUUUGGAUAUCAAUCUACGUUGAUGUCAUAAAGAAAUCUGAAAACAGAUUUGGAUUCGUCUUAAAGUUACAUUAGAUCAAUACAAUUUUUUUAAUUUUAACGCUUUCCAAAUUGUAUUUUUAAAUUCAAUUUUUUUUUUAAAUUUUGAAAUCCAAUUUAAAGUGUUAAAAUUUGAAAUUAAAAAAAGUACACAAACCGAUGUUAAGCAUACUUUAUAAUGAAUUAAAAUUUGUUUUCUAAUAUGAUGAGCAAAAAACGUCUAAAUUCUUAUGUUGAGCGUGAGAUACCUACACAGAGACCGGAAUAAUCGGUAUCCAAUUCCUUUAACAACAAGCGUUUAUUUUUUUUUCUUACAACUAUUUUUUUUCUGGGAAUAUCCAUUUAACUUUAGUGUAAUAUUAGGUAUAACCUAGUCGUUGACGUAUUGGCUAAAACUUAUACUGGCUGUGCAUAUUAGUACCUACCAAUUAAUAUUAAUGUACAAUUAUACUAAGCAUCGGAAAUCGGUUGUAAUAUUGCCUUCUCUUACUAGACCUAUGUUAAAAUAAUUAUUCCUGAGUAUUACGGGUAUCAAGUUUUAUUGUACACUCAAUAAAUAAUACACUAUAUAAUA